CUGGACUCUGGAAGCUGGACGACGUCAACAGAGGAGAGGAGACUGUCCCAGCCCUCAGAGGAGCUGAGCAGAGGCGGCGCGCUGCCCUCAGUCCGAUUAGACCCCAAAAUAAAGCCGGGGGCUUACUAUCUUUUGCGCCUUUUGGACAUGUUUCCGCGCGUAAAGACGCACUGAGGGGAGGCUUAUUUGGACUCGAGGACAGCAACAGCUGCUAAGAAACGGAGCAAGAUGUUGGCCAGGAAAAGCAUCAUCCCGGAGGAGUUCGGGGUUCCCGGUCUCGCAUCUCGGUUGCCCCGAAAACCGGUGUUCCGGGACCGUGUGAACAAGGCGCGCUUCAUCGCCAAGAACGGCUCGUGCAACUUGGCGCACAAGAACAUCCGCGAGCAGGGCCGCUUCCUGCAGGACGUCUUCACCACGCUGGUGGACCUGAAAUGGCGCUUCACGCUCGUCAUCUUCACCACGACCUUCGUGAGCAGCUGGCUGCUGUUCGCCAUGAGCUGGUGGCUGGUGGCCUUUGCGCACGGAGACAUGGACCCGCAGCGGCAAAACGAGACCCACUGCGUCACCGACGUCAAGUCGUUUAUUUCAGCCUUCCUGUUCUCCAUCGAGGUUCAGGUGACCAUCGGCUUUGGAGGACGCAUGAUAACGGAGCACUGUCCGGCUGCCAUUACUGUCCUCAUCCUGCAGAACAUAGUGGGACUCAUCAUUAACGCCGUCAUGCUGGGUUGUAUCUUCAUGAAGACGGCUCAGUCAAACCGCCGAGCAGAGACGCUGAUCUUCAGCCGCCACGCCGUUAUUGCUGUGAGGAACAACCGUCUGUGCUUCAUGAUUCGCAUUGGAGAUUUGAGAAAGAGCAUGAUCAUAGGAGCAACUGUCAGAUUACAGGUGGUGAGGAAGACGACCACACCAGAGGGGGAGAUAAUCCCCAUCCAUCAGAUCGAUGUUCAGACAGAGACCGCCAUUGCCAGCAACAGCCUGUUCCUCCUGGCUCCGCUCAUCAUCUGCCACGUCAUCGACAAAAACAGUCCGCUGUACGACCUGUCAGCCAUGGAGCUGCAGUGCAGCGACCUGGAGGUCAUCGUCAUCCUGGAGGGAGUUGUGGAGACGACGGGCAUCACCACCCAGGCCCGGACCUCCUACGUCUCCGAGGAGAUCCAGUGGGGUCACCGCUUUGUUCCCAUCGUUACCGAGGAGGAGGGCGUCUACUCUGUGGACUACUCCAAAUUUGGCAACACGAUCAGGGUGACGACGCCUAGCUGCAGCGCCCGGGAGCUGGACGAGAAGCCCUACAUCCUGAUCCAGACCCUGCAGAAGAACGAGCUGUCGCACCAGAACUCCCUGAGGAAGCGUAACUCCAUGAGACGCAACAACUCCAUGAGGAAAGGCGGCGGGAGCCUGCGCAGGAACAACUCGGGCCUCGCUCCGCCUAAAGUCCAGUUCUUCACCCCGACUGAGACGGGCCAGACCCUGAACGCCGUCACCUGACAUGAGGCCUUCCUCUUGCAGGCCGCUCUGCUCCUCCUGUUGGGGACGAGGACUGUAGGUGCAUGUGUGUCUCUGAUGGGACUCCUUCUUCUUCUUCUGUCUCCGGCCUCAACCCGACUCGUCUCUCAGUGCUUUUACUGUUUUAUUUAGGCUGAUCCGUUAGCAGGGGGUUGCACAUUUCCAAGCACUGACACAAACACCUUUGUGGGAUGUCUUCUCUGAACAAAAACAUCAUGCAGCACUUUAUGUUGGGGAAAUAUUAAUUUGCACAACCAUGCUUUAGUAAAACAAGUCAUCCAAAUGCUAAUAGAAGUGGAAAAUACUGCUAAUAAAGGCUGUAGUGGCUUAGGAUUUACAGAGAGAAACACAACCUGCUGUUUAUUAAAUUUUUCUGACUUACUCCUGAGCGUGCUUCAGUAAAUAUCUGCUUUAAAUGAUCAUUUUCUUCUUGGAUGUGCAGAUGUGUAGGUACUUGUUUCUCUUUUUUAUCAUACAUUAAUAGUAUCUAAUUAUAAUGAGCCAAUCACUAAUGUCAUGUGUUUUUGUCCUGUUUGACAAUAAAUGCACCUAUUUGUUAUGAA